AUGGCCUUUGUCCAGCCCGGCUGCCCGUCUAGGUUCGCCUACCAGAAUGAGCAUCGUGUCAACGGGCUCAACGCAGAAACCCUAGCGAGGGUCUUCCUUCCAACACCCUCGUGGCUGUCGACUCCAGAGUAUGCGAUAAUCCCCUCUGAAUGGACCGAGCAAUGGUUUUUUAUGGUCGGUCGUGUUCAUCCCUUUGCCCGGACGUGGGAAAUCGAGCGACGUGAUGGCUUGGAGUCGGACGAUGACAACAUCACAGAAUACACCAUCCCCGCGCUCAUUGUCCGCGAUCACAGCUACCAGCCAGUCGUCCCUCGCACCCUCGGCUCGGCGGAUGCCUUCCCAACGAUGCAACCCAUUGUCUCCUUCACGAGACCAGUCAUCGGUUCCGGCCGCGACCUUCUACGUAGAAACUCGGCCGCGGCCCUUGGCGACACUCAGCUGAGGUGUUGCGGCUUCGUCCAGCCCUCGACCUUCAUUUGUCCCGGGAUUCCCGGCAAAACACCCUGUAAGGGCUUUCAUCCCUUCCAAGUUUUCGUCAUCUUCCCCAUUCACGCUAAUCCUUGGACCUCCCUAUGCAAGAGGAUGACCGAGAGGCCCGAUGGCCAGUUCCAGCCGAACGCUCUCCUUACCUGCAUGGGCAAAAUCGCCGGCUUACUGGAUCACCGCAUCAUGGCGCAUGCCCCGGCCUUCGAGCAAGACUAUAUCUUCUUCGUCGUCCCCGAUACGUGGACCUUCCUCGACAGGGCCAUGUCCAACCAAGCUUCUUCUGCAACACAACUGCUGCCGACGACACCCAAGCGCUCGGUCGGAAAUCCCUCCGACUAUACCGAUGCGUUGGCCAAGUUCACCUCUCCCAAAAAAAAACCAGGGCCGCCCCAGGCCGCGUCCCCUCCAUACCGCCUGCAUCUAGGUCGGUCGAUCCCGUUACAAUAA